AACUGGGAAAACGUGUCUCCGACGAACAUCCACUGAGCCUCUCUUUUAUCAAAAUACUAUUUCCGUCUGAGAAAAGUCUCGUUGUUUUGUUGGUUUCUUUUUAACUGGGAAACAAAAACUUACAAACCUGGCCGGACUGGCGGCUUAUCUGGUUCCCCCCGUGGGUCAUUGGUGUAUCCCAAGAUGGAGGGCACAGCCCGGGAGCACUGAGGUCUGGCCCGCGUGGGAGCGAGUGGGGUUCGGGACAGCGGGAGCGGCCGGGGUAGAGCGCCAUGCCUCACAAGAAGAAAAAGCCCUUCAUAGAGAAGAAGAAAGCAGUAACAUUUCACUUGGUGCACCGAAGUCAGAGGGAUCCUCUUGCUGCUGAUGAUACUGCACCCCAGAGAGUUCUGCUGCCCACACAGAAAGGGCAUGAGGAGCGGAGAAGAGAAGAGCAGCGCAAGUAUGGUGUCUUCUUUGAUGAUGACUAUGACUAUUUGCAGCACCUCAAAGAAGCCUCUGGUCCCUCUGAGCUUGUCCCAUCUGUGCGGGGACAGCAGAGCAGAAUUGUCAUCACAAGUGAGGGGCGCAUAGAGGAUGAAAUUCAGAGGAUUUCAGCUCCAUCUAUUAAGUUGCCUUCCUCCGUGUUUGCCACAGAGUUUGAAGAGGAUGUGGGCUUGUUAAAUAAAGCUGCUCCUGUUUCAGGACCACGGCUAGAUUUUGACCCGGAUAUUGUUGCAGCUCUUGAUGAUGAUUUUGACUUUGCCAAUCCAGAAAAUAUCCUGGAAGAUGAUUUUGUUCUGCAAGCAAAUAAACCACAGAAGCGGGGACCAGAUGCUGAGGAUGAAGAUGAAUGGGAAGAUAUGGAAGAUGAUAGUGAUGAGAAGGAUAGCUGCAGUACUGACAAAGACUAUGAUUCAGAAGGUCCUUUGUCAGAUGGUGAGGUUAAUGGACAGGCUAAAGAAUUCCUUUUUAUGCAAGAAGAAACCAGGAGUCGUUUCACAGAAUAUUCUAUGACAUCUUCCGUGAUAAGACGGAAUGAGCAGUUAACCCUGUUGGAUGACAGAUUUGAGAAGUUUUAUGAACAAUUUGAUGAAGAUGAGAUUGGAGCCUUAGAUAACGUGGAGUUAGAAGGCUACAUUAACACAGACAAUGCUCGGCUGCAGGAAGUCCUGGAUGAUUACUACAGAGAAAAAGCAAAAAAUUGUGUGAAACUGGAUGCUCUUGAACCUGAUGAAGAUUUGGACUCUCUUGUCAAUGAAGAAAGUGAGGAGGAAAAGGAAGAAAUAGUGACUGUAGUUAUUGAGGAGCCAAAAGAAAAGUGGGAUUGUGAAUCCAUUUUGAGUACCUAUUCAAACUUAUAUAAUCACCCAACACUUAUUAAGGAGCCAUCAAAGCCCAAACCAAUCAAAAUUUCUCAGAAGACUGGAAUUCCCCUACACGUCCUGCCUCAGAAGGGUCUCACUGCCAGGCAGGUGGAGCGCAUGCAAAUGAUAAAUGGCAGUGACCUGCCAAAAGCAUCAACACAGCCUCGUUCCAAAGCUGAGAGCAAAGCGGAUCGCAAAGCCAGGAAACAGGCAAUCAAAGAGGAGAGAAAGGAACGCCGAAUGGAGAAGAAAGCCAACAAGCUGGCCUUCAAACAGGAGAAAACAAGACAAGAGAAAGAGUUGCUCAAUCUGAAACAAAAUGUGCAAGGUCUGAAGCUGUCCUGAUGAAACUGAGAAACUUAUUAUGGAAAUAUCCCUAUUUUUUCAUUUGUGUUGAGAAGGGAACUGCUAACUCACACCUUUGCCAGUCCUGCUCAAAGGGGGUUGUUCAAAUCUCACUGUAGCAAGAUCCAGUAAUUUGUCAUUUUUUCUGAAGUGAAAUUCUAUAUAAAAUAAUGUAUUGGUGAUAUCUGUUCUGUAAUGAGUGACAUUGCAAUAGCUGCAAAGUUUCAUUACAGUAGAAAUGUAUUAAAAUUACGAAUAUUUUUCUUACAAGUUAUCAAUGAACAGAGUUAUAUAUAUUUGUUGAAUGUAUUCAACAAAUCAGCAGAAUCCUACAGAUUUGAUCUGAUUAGAUUCUUCUAUUAAAUUAUUUCAGUUUACAAAACAGUAUUUUCAUUUAUGUCUUUUCUCUUAUACUGAUGGCUGAAUAUAGUAGCUUGCUAUGAUACAGUUUUAUAAGUCAAGGAGUUUACACCCACUCCUCCUUGGUUCUUUUUUUUGGGUGGAUUAUUUAUUGUUUUGGUACUAUGAUGGGUCCCUUUUGUAAACAAAGGUGUCUGAAAAGCUGUUCUGCGGCUAGACAUCACUGUUACCUAACCCGAGUUUUACAUUUCCUGGCAAAUAAAAUCUGUCCCAAGGAGUGUUGCAGUUACAGUAGUCAGUGACCCUUAAUGUUGCCAUUGGAAUUGGCUUUGCUGGAAUUACUCAGUCUGAGUAGGAUGGCAAACAUGCAGCAGAUGCUUGGAUAAAAAGUGUGUGGCAGAUAGUCACCAUCUUGGUGUUUCUAGAAUACCCUUCCUCAGGUCUUGUAUUUAACUUGGUUUAAUUGGAAUACAAACUUAAUACCCACUACAAUUGUAAAAACUUCUAAAGAUGAGCUGAGGGCCAAAAUCUGUAAGUUUGGUGUGAACUUGAAUGUUUGUACUGUGAAGAUGAAUUAUUUUGAUAGUGACUGGUUCAUAAUGUGAGUGAAAUCAAUUGGAUUCAUAGUCAGCCCUGAAUCCUUCUGUAUUUAUAAAAAACCCCUCAGGUUUAUGUCUGUAUGUUACAGACAAUCUUCUACCUCUGUGUGAGAAGUUAACCUUUUUACUGGAAGGGACGUGGUGAGCAGGACAUCAGUGCAGUGGCCUGACUACUGGUGCAUUCAAAGCAUCUUCAAUAUUCCUUCCAUAGGUUUGUGAAUACUAGAUGGAGACAAGCUAACAGGGACUGAUCAAGACUUUUAAUGUACAGAAAAUUCAAAGUACAUGGUUUUAUUGGAGGAAAGCUUUUAUAAUAUAUUUUGAUUAUGGAGAAGGGAAUAAAGAGGCAUCUGAAUCUGCAAGUCUUGAUCACUGCUCAGAAAGCUGAAGUGUCAUGUACAGUAUACACAUCUAGAUUAAGCCUUCAUUUUCUAGAAUUGUCUGUUAACAGAAUCAAUAGAUAUAAUCUGUAAGAUUAGAAAAAGUUUCAGCAUUUUCCAUUAACUGAUACCUGUACUAGUUUUCAUGUGUUUGACAAGCUUAAGUGGGAUCUACCUGUGUCUUAAUUGCUAAUUGUGUAAUCACUGACUGUGGUAACUGAAACACUGACCACCACCCAAUACUCAUGACUCCUGACAGCAAAACAGAAAAGGAAAUCUGAGAAGCAAAUCUGUUGAGGUGAGUCAGAUACCAGGAAAUAAGUUCAAUGGAACAAGUAAGUAACAUGCUGUUCAGUGCUUUGGGGUGCAAUGUGAUUUUGUGGUUUACCAAAAAGGACAAUCUGACUAAAGCCAGUGCACACGUUCUGUGCUGGGUUUCUCAUCACUGAUUCAGUGGUACUGUGCUUAUACCUAAAGUGCUUUAAAAUAAAA